GGUCACUUUCAAAUGUUGCCUUGAGGAAUAUAUAAGACCUGUGAACGGCAGACGCAAAGACGGAGACCACAGCAAUCACCUCUGAGCGCUUGUGAGCAGAACGUGAAGAAACAGAAAUGUCUGGAGCUGCCGUGUCCGUGGGCCUGCUUUUCCUCCUGUCCGUUUGUUCGGCGUGUUACAUCUCCAACUGCCCCAUCGGUGGAAAGAGGUCCAUCAUGGAUGCUCCUCUCCGAAAGUGUAUGUCUUGUGGCCCCGGAGACCGGGGCCGCUGCUACGGCCCCAGCAUCUGCUGCGGGGAGGGCAUCGGCUGCCUCAUGGGUUCCCCCGAGUCGGCACACUGCGUGGAGGAGAACUACCUGCUCACCCCCUGUCAGGCUGGAGGGAGAGCCUGUGGCUCAGAGGGAGGACGCUGCGCCGCUGCAGGACUUUGCUGCGAUGCAGAAAGCUGCACUGCAGAUCAGGCAUGCCUCCCUGAGGACGACGGAGAUGACCAAAGCAGCCAGUUCGAAGGCGGUGACCCCACCGACAUCAUCCUCAGGCUCUUGCAUCUGGCCCGCCACACUUCUCACCGAACCCACCAAUGAGCGCCUCUGCUACCCAAAGGUCUCUCUGCAAGGACAAUGGGACUUGUAGUUCCUGCUGUAUAGCUGUGUUUCCAUGUCUGUCACCACAUUUUGUGCUUCAGUAGAGUGCCUUUGUCAAUAUAUUUUUGAGUAUGAAAACAGGGAUGAAUACAGAGAGGUCAUCCAGAGUUCUGCAUGCUGAAAUAAAGUUUGGAGAAAGUAUAA